UUAUAAUUACAUUAACAAAACCUUUCUCCUUAAAAUUAUAUUUCUUUAUUUUUUUUUCUUUUGUUAAAGUCUUCAUGGGAUUUCCAGUUGGUUACGCCGAAGUUUUCUUACCAAAACUCUUCCUUCACACACUUUGGUUUUUGGGAUUCAUCCGCUACGUAAUUAUCGCUCUUUCCACCUACCUCGGACUCUCCGAUUUCCUUGAAACGGACACCGUCUGGCAAGAUGCCCUGACCCGAACAAGACCCAAGAACCCGCCCAUAUCGGCCCUCUUGAUCCGGGAAAUCCUUCCCGUUUUAAAGUUGGAUGAGCUAUUCGUUGUGGGGGACCCGCCGGAGAGUUGCGCAGUUUGCUUGUACGAGUUCGAAGGAGGUGAAGAGAUCAGGUGGUUGAGGAACUGUCGGCACGUUUUCCAUCGGACGUGUUUGGACUGUUGGAUGGACCAUGAUCACAAAACCUGUCCGCUCUGUAGAACACCAUUCGUGCCCCAUGAGUUGCAGGAUGAGUUCAAUCAACGGCUCUGGGCCGCUUCCGGGGUCGCCGAUUUACAUAGGGAGUACAUUUCGGUUCCGGGAUUGUAGAUUUUCU